GACUAUACGGGACAACAAAUUGUCAUUAUCCGGGUAUGUGAGCGUGUGUGUGUGUGUGUGUGUGUGUGUGUGUGUGUGUGUGUGUGUGUGUGUGUGUGUGUGUGUGUGUGUGUGUGAGUCGACUGGCUAAUUGAGAGUAUUCAAAUGAUCUGGAAGACUGGUAAAUUACCCCAAGAAUGGAAAGAUUCAGUUCUGAUUCCAUUAUUCAAAAAGAAGGACCGUCUGGUCGGCUGAAACCAGUGAUAGAACCUCCUCUUUUAGAAGAGCAAUGCGGUUUUCGUGGAACAAUUGACCAGAUUUGGCAUUUGACUCUGUACCAAGACAUGCUCUCACCAAAAUUCUCAAAGAUUAUGGCACAGAAGAUGAAGUGGGGGGCAAUCUCUUCAAGGUUUGAAGUAACCACGGGUGUCCGGCAAGGGUGUGUGAUGUCUCCAGUCUUAUUCAAUCUGUUUAUGGACAGAAUUAUGCGUGAGACUCUGGACAAGUUUGAGGGUGGUGGCAUUGAGAUUGCUUACAGAACAGAUGGUGGCCUGUUCAUGAAUUAUCGUGUAAAACCUGAUGGACACAUAAGAUCAAAGCUCCCAUGUAUGCCGAUGAUUUGGCCUUACUAGGUACGUCAAGUAGUGAGUUGCAGCAGAUGGUGAAUGCUUUCCAUGAUACAUGUAGGAAAUGGGGUAUGCGGAUCAACACUGACAAAACCAAAAUUCCGAGUAUUGGUGCUGAAGAAGCAAACAUCUCGAUUGCUGGUCGUGUUCUAGAGAAUGUUUCUGAAUUCUGCUAUUUGGGCAGCAUUGUGACUAAGUCAGGGGAUUGUCACUUAGAGGUUGUUGAACGUAUUCAGAAAGCUAGCAGGACAUUCUGUUCUUGGAAACGUAGUAUUCACAAACCGAGGAUUUAGCAAGAACACAAAACUGAGAGUCUUUAGGUCACUAGUGAUGCCAGUUUUACUAUAUGGUUGUGAGACUUGGGCGAUCACUCAAGUAGAUAUUCGAAGACUGAACACUUUUCAUAUGCACUGUAUUAGAUCUAUCUUGGGUGUAUCAAGACUGAACAAGAUAAGAAAUUCCUUCAAUUUGAAAUCUGCCAAGAAAGAACCAAUUGAACAUCGAAUUCAACAUCAAAGAUUGCAGUGGCUUGGUCAUUUACAACGGAUGAACAUCUCUCGUCCACGAAAGUUGUUGCUGAGAAGCAAGUUGCAUAAUGUGAAACGCCCUCAGCAUGGUCCAAAGAACAGGUGGAUUGAUACCAUUUCAACGUGACCUGGUGUCAUUGAAUAUUGACCCGUCACAAGCCAGUGACCGCUCUUCUUGGCAAAAACUUCUGCGAUGCCAAAGCCCAUAGUGGGUAUGGCGGAAUUCCAGGUUCCAGGUGUGUGUGUGUGUGUGUGUGUGUGUGUGUUUGUGUGUGUGUGUGUGUGUGUGUGUGUGUGUGUGUGUGUGUGUGUGUGUGUGUGUGUGUGUGUGUGUGUGUGUGUCAAUGCUGGCAAGGACAUUUUUGUGAAUGGUGAAGUACUAAAGAGGGCAUCCUUUUUCUCUUACCUUGGCAGUGUUCAGAGGAUUAUAGUGUUGAUAAGGACAUUGCUGCACGUCUGCAAAAGCAAAUAGAGCGUAUGGCGCACUUCAAUCAAGAUUAUGGAGUCAACAAAGAAUAAGAAUAAAGACUAAAAUCAGAGCAGUCGUUCUUGCAACUCUUCUGUAUGGAUCACAAAUGUAGACGCUAUAUAGUAGAAAUAUUCAGGAUCUAGAAAAUUUUUACCUUCACUGCCUGCGUUGAAUAAUGAAAAUUCAUUGGUCGGAAAGAGUGACAAACAUAGAAGUCCUGCAAAGAGCUGAAAUAACAGGAAUUGAAUACAUGUGGACUCAACAGCAACUAAAGUGGGUAGGUAGGUCAUGUCACAAGACUGGAUGAGAGACGUUUACCAAAACAAUAAAGUGCUAUACGGUCAGUUGUUAGAUGCACCAAGAAAAGCUGGUGGUCAGAAGUUGAGGUUCAAAGACACUUUACGGCACAAUCUACAGAAUGUUGGUGUUGAUCACAAAAAUUGGGAAAUGAUAGCAUGUGACGGUUCAAUGUGGAAGAAAAAUAUGAGAUUAGGUUUAGAUCGUUAUGAGGAAGGUAGAAUUGACAAAAAAUGAAAGAAAAGAGACUACUAGUAAUGUAUCACAACUAUACACCACAACUAUACACCACAAAACCUGACUAGACUACUGGUACAAAGAACGUUUGUAAUGUCUGUCUUCGAGUAUGUCGUUCCAGAAUUGGACUCUUUGCACAUGAAUGUGCUCAUCAAAGACAAAUUGUAAACAACUGCUGAAUGGAAGUCGUGAACUCAUUAUUGAGUAGCAAAAAAGACAGAAGAAAGAAGUACAGUACAUGUAUGACAUCUAGACAUCAAGCUCUAGUAGUCAAAAAAGAUGUUUCCAAAUUCCUGCUUGCUCUAUAUUUAAUCUAUUGCAGUUGACUUUCCUAUCUAUGUGCUUAUAUUUACUGAUCGAUAUCAAUAACAUGUAGCUACAAAUUAUACACUAAAAUAUACUGUAGUACUGUACUCACAAGUUGA